AAAACGUGGAGGGCAUUUUUGUAAUUGACUGUACAUUUUUAUAAAUUAGAGAAAAAAGUGGAAUUGUGGGCAUUAUAGUGGGAGUAGUGACCAUAACCGCUCUCAACCGUCACUACUAAUAAGAAAAUCGUAGUAACAUUUCAGAUAUUGAGUUUCGAGUUUCAGAACAUUCUAAAGACAAAAACUAAAAACAGGAAACACAGCGAAAACUUUUGUAGAGGGCCGGUGAGUUGGUCCGAAGUGUUGAGAGAAUGCCUGUACUUAGUUGAAGUGUGAGAAAAGAGUGAAAAAAUGGUAGGGAACAGAGAAGAAGGCAUAAGGAAAGGGCCUUGGAAAGCUGAGGAAGACGAGGUACUAAUUAACCAUGUGAAUAAGUAUGGCCCCAGAGACUGGAGCUCCAUUCGAUCCAAAGGCCUUCUUCAGAGAACUGGCAAGUCUUGCCGUCUCCGUUGGGUCAAUAAGCUUAGACCCAAUUUGAAAAAUGGGUGCAAGUUUUCAUUGGAGGAGGAGAGGGUGGUGAUAGAGUUACAGGCACAAUUUGGGAACAAAUGGGCUAGAAUAGCAACCUAUUUGCCCGGAAGAACUGAUAAUGAUGUCAAGAACUUUUGGAGUAGCAGGCAGAAAAGGCAGGCAAGGAUUUUGCAAACACCUCCAACUCCCUCCAAAUCACAGAAAAAACAGGUGGAAGUUUCUCGUGAUCACGAGGCUCCCAGUUUUGAGGCUCGAAAUAUAUCUCUUUCAUCAGAAGGAGAAUCAUCAUCAACAUUCUUGCAAAGCUUAUCAUCGGGCAUUCAGAAUUCAGAGACGAUCAAAAUGUUGCCGCUACCAGAUCUAGUCAAUCCUUCUAGAAUGUUUAAUUUUGAUCAAGAUAUUACAAAUCAUGCAGAGUUUAGCACUACUGAGAAUAAUCUCUGCAUUGGCUCACAACAAUUAAUCCCUUUUCCUCCGGCAUUACAGGCCCAGAGAGAACUCAAAUUUUCAUCAGAAGGCCAAGAUCAUUUGCCCAUAUUCACCGACCCUUAUAUCGACAUGUUCAGCUCUAUGGAUUCUUCUAAACUUGGAAAUGUUGCGGAAUUUUCUUUUGGACAACCGUUUCUUGAACCACUAGAAACUAUUAGAACUGGUGUUGCAAGAGAGAAAAUUGACUUGGAGCCUGACUGCUUCUUUGAUGACUUCCCUAUAGACGUGUUUGAUCAAAUUGAGUUGCUUCCCAAAUCAUCACAGCAGUGAUUUACAGUGACAUUAACAUGAAAUUCUUAAAAGCUUCUAUUAGCCUUUUUACCACUUACCUAGAAUUUUACAAGAACCUUCUGAUCUGGCAGUAUUCUUUAUAUAAGGAAAGACUUCUGUUAACUCCUAUAUGAUGACUUAUUAAUUGGUCGGUGUGCUUUAUAUAUAUA